AUGAGUCAGCACAAAGCAGAAAACCAGCGACCAUUAGACCCCAUAGACAACAUGGAGUAUUAUAUGGAUGACGCAGAAGAGGACGAGGAUGACAUACAAAAAAGUGGUGGCCGUCGUCACAGUCAACAUGGACGACAUGGCGCACCCAUACGCCCUUCGAUGAAAGAUGAAGGUGGUGGUGGUGGUAGCGAUGGCGGAAAUCUAGGCAGUGGACUCUUCACUCAAGGUGAAACGAGAGAUUUCCUUCAUUUUCUACGGCGCAUAAACUAUGAUCACAGGCAAUGCCCAGAGAAUGAAGUUGGAGGUGAGUUCUUUCAGGCCUUGCGAGUCACUUUUGCAGAGAUGCCUACUCGCAAAUUCUUUUUGGAACCCAAGUCUUGCACCGAAAAUUCUUCAAAAGCCACAAUACUUAAGUAA